CGUCACUAAAAUCUUCAAUUUUGAUUAGUUUACCUCAUCUGUCCAGCGUAGGGUACAUCAUUUUACACGCGACUAAUAUCUACCCAUCAGCCAAUAUAUUUCGGCACCGUAACGUCUUCGAUAAUGUCUCGGGAUAUUGCAAUUCAGUUAGAGCCAUUAAAUGAUUUUCAAAAUUCAACAUUUGGCACCGACAAAACAAACGAAGACCCAAGUUUGUACAAAGAAAUUGCUUCUCUGAAAGCUGAUAAUUGGUCGUUGAAACUGUCUUUAAGCGACAGUGUACAAUGUUCGAACAAUCUACAGAUUGUGCUAACGAAUACGAUUCAAGAAAAGUAUGAACUCGUAGAGGAAAUACAUAACUUGCAUAAACUAAAUAAAAAGCUACAGAGUGAAAGGGAAAAAUUUUUGAUAGAAAGAAGGAAUCUGUUAAAUCAAAUAUAUGAAUUAAAAGACGAAUUGGACAGAAAGCAUGACUCAGUGGCGGGUUUGUACAAUCAAUCUGGCCAACUGAAGGAAUCCUUGUACAGAGCCCAAGAGACGAUACACCGAAUGGGAAAUAUGUUUCUAAAAUUGAGAAGUACAAAACAAAAAUGUAAUAGAAAUGUGCCGCUAACGCAAUAAGCUCAUUUAUGGUAAUUUUAUGGUCUAUAAAUAAAAAAAAAUCUCAGCGUGAGGCCAUAAUU